AUGGCUCAUCUUGCGAAGCCGGAGGACAUCGAUGAUAUACAUGACGUCAUUGAUUCCAAGACGGAGGCGAUUGAUGCAUUAGUUGACUACUCAACAGUUGCCAUCGCUACGGCCAGACCGGAAGAGGGCCUCGAUGAAUACGGGUCAAUUAAACCGCCACGUCCGGUGAAACGCCACGUGGUGUAUCACAGACGGAAAGAGAUAACGUGCAGAGCACAGACCGCCGUUUGCAUUAAACGCUUUUGCGUGUAUAUGCUGUCGUACGUUGGCCUUACCUGUAUCGUGGUAGCUUAUUCCAUUCUAGGGGGAUUUGUAUUCGUCCAACUGGAAAGCUCGAACGAGGAACGUGUCAACAAAGUGGCGCUUGACAUUCAGAACAACUUUACCUCAGCGCUCGAGCUCGCCUUCCGCGAAAUGCUGGCGCAACAGUUCAAUAUUACUAACGAAAGAGCCCAGGCAAGCAUUGCCGAUUUCAUCCGACAGCGUCUGAAGGCGUUCCAGCUGAGGACGUACGAACUUGUGAACAAAGAGGGCUGGUCCGGCGGUGAUGACUACGGUGAAGUGGAGUCAAACAACACAACGGUCCACAACAACAAGUGGACGAUCGCCGGCGGUCUCCUGUACUCUGUCACCGUUAUCACCACCAUAGGGUAUGGUUCAUUUACACCAAAGACUGUCGCCGGCCGGGCUGUAACAAUGGUGUAUGCCCUAAUUGGAAUUCCCCUGACAGUCCUUUGUAUUUCAAACAUAGGCCGUGGCUUGGCCUCUCUAUUCCGUUCGUUGUAUGGCGGCACGUUUUGUGUAGAAUGUCGACAGCAGUUCUUACACACAGUUAAAAUAACUCGAGCCGAAAAUAUAGAACUAGAGAAGGUCACCGAAGACGCGGAUGAAUUAGCGUCAAUAACGGACUACACAAACCACUCACAUAAUAACACGGAAGUUCCCAUCAUCAUAUGUCUUCUGCUUGUCGUCUGGUACAUCGUUUUUGGCGCGAUUUUGUUUACUAUCUGGGAGAAGGACUGGGACUACUUUGUCGGCGCAUACUUUUGUUUUAUUACGCUCAGUACGAUCGGGUUCGGCGAUAUUGUUCCCGGCUUUUCACACAAGGACUGGGACGAUGAGGUGAAACAGGUAGUCUGCUCGCUCUACCUCCUGAUCGGCCUCUCCACUCUCGCCAUGUGCUUCGACCUAAUGCAACAACGGGCUGUCGCUCUAGCCAACAGGUUUGGGGCUUUCAUUGGACUGGUCAAGAAAUAAUAGCAGUUUUUAAAUACAUUUUUGAGUAGUAUAUGGCAUUAUAGCUUUCAAG